AUGUCCGGGACUCCGAAAUAUCCCUUCAAGGGUACACAGUGCUACGAACGGAUUGAUCAUCGUCAUGUGGAGUUGAUGGAGUUGUUCUUUUUGUUUACUCGGGUCUUCCUGUUUGAGUGUUGGAGAACUACGCCCAUCUGGAAGGAUUUGGAGAAGCUCUGUGGCUCGGUUCUUGGUCCAUUGCUCUUUGUGGUAUAUGUGAAAGACCUUUCUGGUCAACUGUGCAGCCCAUCCCUCAUGUAUGCGGAUGUCAUCAAAAUCUGGCGUGCAAUCUACGGUGCGGAUGAUCGAAAAACUCUUCAAGUGGAUUUGAACAAUCUGGAUCAGUGGGCGGACACCUGA